GUGAUGGUACGAAUUUGAAGUAUUACAUGAAUUCAUCAUUCCCAAAGCUUAAAGAACUGUUCGUUUCAAUGAUUACGAUAUCACAAUCGAAUGUCUUAAUUAAAAAUACUCAUGGAAGUUUGGAAUCCUUGAAAUUUAUUUCUAAUUAUGGAAAUAUUAUGGAUCUUCCAGUUUUUACUGAGACAUUGAUCAAUAGUUGCAAGAACCUUUACCAAUAUGAUGGUCCACUUCAUAUUGAAGGGAUUGAAACGUUACAAUCAUUCUUUCAAAAAUGUCCAAAGCUCGAAUAUUUGAUUUUACGGAACCUAAAAGAUCAUGAUUUCGAUAUCAGCGAUGCAUUGCAACAAUCCGGACCGUUCGUUCCAAUUAAUUUAACCAGGUUACAAGUUACAAAUUAUACUAUCUCGACCGAAGCCUUGGAGAUCUUUUUGCGAGCGUGUGCUACCAGAUUGUGUAGGGUCUUGGAAUUUAUAUAUAAACCGAAAUCUAAAGACGCCAAACUGACAUUGGAAAAGUUUGCUGAUCAAGGAGUUAUAAAAGCAAAUCUUGGAAAAUUGUGA